GAGAGAGUGAGAGACACAUCUCUGCACCUGUGAGACAUGGCCUCCGCUCUCUUCACCCCCUCCACCUCCUCAACGGCGUUCUCCUGCACCCCCGUCCUGAUCGGAGACCACCUGAUGUGUUCCAUCUGCUUGGAACUGUUCGAGGACCCCGUCACGACCCCCUGUGGUCACACCUUCUGCAAGGGUUGCCUCGAAAGGAACAUGGCGCUCAACGACCUGGUGUGCCCGCUCUGCAAGGCCCACCUGCGGAGCAAGCCGGAGGUGAACAUCAUCCUGAGGGAGCUGAUCCAGGAGCUGAAGAUAGCCCAGAGCAAGAGGGACGACCACCUGAUCGGAGGAGAUCCAGGGGAGGUGGUGUGUGACGUCUGCACCGGGAGCAAGCUCCAAGCCCUGAAGUCCUGCUUGGUGUGUCUGACCUCCUACUGUGAGACCCACCUGGAGCCUCACUACCAGGCCCGGAGGCUGAAGGGCCACAGGCUGGUGGCCCCCGUGGAGGACCUGGACGGGCGGGCCUGCCUGACUCACGGGCGCCCCCUGGAGCUGUACAGCCGGGAGGACGAGCGCUGCGUCUGCGCUCUCUGUCUGGAGGAAGGUCAAGAGGUCGUCUCCACGGAGACCGAAUGGGAGAAGAAGAAGGCUGAGUUGGAGGAAACGAUAGCCGAGAUCCGACAAAAGGUCGACGAGAGAAAAAGGAAACUGAAGGAGAUCAAUGAAUCUGUCGAGAACUGCAAGGCCCGGCUGGACCGCGAGCGGAGGGACAUCCAGGCGGCGUUCGGUGCAGUCUUGGCCACCGUGCUGGAGGCUCAGGAGGACGCCCUGCGGCCCCUGGAGGAGCGACAGGAGAGCCUGGGGAGGGAGGGGGACCGGCUCUGCCUGGAGCUGCAGGGAGACGUCAACAAGCUGGGAGAGGCCGUCUCAAAGAUGGAGGACAUCGCCAACAUCGAGGACCACAUCCUCUUCCUCCAGACGUUUCCGUCCCUGUCGGGCCUGACCGGCGGCAGAGACUGGACCGCCGUUUCCGUGGAUACGUCGCUGUCUUUCGGAACGCUGAGGAGCGUCUGCUCCGCCCUGACGGAGAGGACGCAGCAGGAGCUGGAGAAGCUCACCUCCGUGGAACUCGAGAGGAUCCAGAAAUUUGAAGUUGCCGUGACGUUGGACACGGACACGGCUAACCCCCAGCUGGUCGUGUCGGCGGACGGCAGAGAGGUGAGACACGGGGCGAGUGCCCGGGAGCGCCCCGACGACCCCGGACGCUUCGACCUCUUCGCCAGCGUCCUCGCCGUCAACCGCCUCAGCUUUGGACGCUCCUACUGGGAGGUGGAGGUCGGAGACAAGACCGGCUGGGAUCUGGGCGUCGCCAGCGAGGACGCCAACCGGAAGGGGAAACUGGCUUUGAACCCGGCGAACGGUUACUGGGCCAUAGUGCUGUAUAACGAGGACCAGUACGGAGCCCUGGAGGAUCCACCCACCCUGCUCCACCCCAGGGACAAGCCCCGGAAGGUGGGGGUGUUUGUGGACUACGAGGAGGGGCUGGUGUCCUUCUACGACGUGGAGGCCGGGGCUCACCUCUACUCCUACACUGGGUGUGGCUUCACAAGGAGCCUCUACCCCUACUUCAGUCCACACCUUCUUCUCAAUGAGAAGAACGGAGGUCCUCUGACUAUCUCACCUGUCAAGCAUCGAUAGUGUUGGAACUCUGGAUACAAAACUAGAUAGCCUAACCAAAGUGAAAUGUUAAUAGCCUGUGUGAAGGCAUGAUUGAUAUGCUUUUGAUUUACUUUGUAUGGUGAAAGGUUUACACUUGAAAACUUUGCAUUCAUGCCCUUUUAUAUAUGUUUUUGGUAUAAAGAGUUAACAUUCUGCUGAUAAUGUACAAUAAAGAUAU